AUGACACUAAGCUUCUUCGACCAAUUUAUGAGCCCCACAUACCUAGGUAUCCCACUUAUCGCCGUAGCAUUAACCCUCCCAUGAAUUCUUUUCCCUACCCCCUCUGCCCGAUGAUUAAACAACCGCCUAAUUACCCUGCAAGGGUGGUUCAUCAACCGAUUUACCCAGCAACUUCUUUUACCGCUAAAUCUAGGCGGUCACAAGUGAGCAGCUCUACUAACUUCCCUCAUACUAUUUCUUAUUACCCUAAAUAUACUUGGCCUACUUCCAUAUACAUUCACCCCGACCACACAGCUCUCCCUAAAUAUGGGCCUCGCAGUCCCACUGUGGCUUGCUACAGUAAUUAUCGGCAUACGAAACCAACCUACGGCCGCCCUCGGCCAUUUAUUGCCUGAAGGAACCCCCGUUCCACUGAUCCCAGUACUGAUCAUUAUCGAAACAAUUAGCCUUUUUAUCCGCCCCGCCCUUGGCGUACGACUUACAGCCAAUCUCACAGCAGGCCACCAACUAAUUGCUACAGCAGCCUUUGUUCUUCUACCUAUAAUACCUACAGUAGCAAUCCUAACUUCUAUUGUCCUCUUUCUACUCACCCUUCUCGAAAUCGCCGUAGCCAUGAUUCAAGCCUACGUUUUUGUCUUACUCCUAAGCCUCUAUUUACAAGAAAACGUUUAA